ACCGAGAUGAUAACUAUGAGCUUGAUUAGUGAAAAUGGCGCAGACUUUAUACUCAACUUGAGCUUGAUUAGUUACAGAAACGAGCAUAGAUCGAAGAAGGAAGCAGAAAUGUACAAAAGUCCUCUCUUAUCCCUCUCAGCUUGCACCAUUAGUCUAAAUCUUCCCUUCCUUGUCUCCCAGAGUCAAACACUAUCCCUUUACAAGCGUAAUCUUCCCUCUCUGUUCGCUGUUUCUGCUAAUUCCGACAACAUCUCCGGUGAAAAUGACGGCGGGAUGUCGGAAGCGAAUAAAGGGUCGGGAACUACGGCGAGAGGAAGGAGAUUACUCAAGGUUAGAGAAGAGAAGAGAAAGCGAGACUACGAUCGUCUCCACGAUUACCCAUCUUGGGCCAAGGUACUGGAGAGUGCUUGUAAAGAUGACGAAGAGCUUCGAGCUGUUCUUGGUGAUAGCAUAGGCAACCCUGACCUCAUGAGAAAGAAGGUAGAAGAAAGGGUAAGGAAGAAGGGAAAAGAUUUCCAGAAGCAGAAGACUGGCUCUGUGCUCUCUUUCAAAGUUAGCUUCAGAGAUUUCAAUCCUGUUGACUCCUUCAUAUGGUUUGAGCUCUAUGGUUCGCCUUCAGAUCGAGAUGUUGAUCUUAUUGGAAGUAUUAUACAGGCAUGGUAUGUUAUGGGGAGAUUGGGCGCUUUCAAUACAUCUAACUUACAGCUAGCAAACUCAUCUAUGGAAUAUGAUCCUCUCUACGACGCAGAGAAGGGCUUCAAAGUGAUGCCUUCAUCCUUCCAUGACAUCAGCGACGUUGAGUUUCAGGACAACUGGGGUCGUGUCUGGGUUGAUCUUGGUACUUCUGAUAUCUUCGCCCUUGAUGUGCUUCUCAACAGUUUGACGGUUAUGAGUUCAGAGUACUUGGGCAUUCAGCAAGUAGUAUUUGGUGGUAAACGAAUGGGAGAUUGGGAAGAGGGGAUGACAAAUCCUGAUUUUGGAUACAAGUACUUCAAGAUCUGAAUCUUCUGAAAACAGUUUUGUUGUAAUAUAGGCUUUUCUUUUGUGCUCUAGAAAAUAUAAUUAAUGAUUAAGCUAGAUCAAUACACAACAGCCGAAAUGGCUUUUCUUUACACA